AUGCCAGAAGCCAUAGUAUACUUAACUGAAACCGAAAUUUGUCAGAAAUGCAAAACUGAAAAUGCUGUAGUUCAUGCAAGAGUUGAAAAGCUUUGCUCAAAUUGCUAUAUACGUUUUAUUCGAGGUAAACUUAGAAAGCAAAUGCACGAUGAGAGGUAUAAAGUCAAAUUUGGAAGAGCAGUUGAGCAAUACGGGACUCAAAGAAUACUUCUAGCUUUAUCAGGUGGCGAGUCAUCUUUAGUGCUAUUAGAUAUUUUUGGCUCUUUGUUACAAGAACAAAAUGAACUACAUAAGGGCAAACAAGGAUUUGAAUUAGUGGUUGUUAACUUAGAUGAAUACGAAUUAGACAGCUUGAACAACAGGAUCCAGAAAGUCUUUCCAGAGCUCUUAGCAAAGUACCAACCGGUGAAAAUAAGCUUGAAUGUAUUAUCUUUGGAUUCUUAUGUUGAUGAGGAAAGUUUACACAGAAUUUUAUUAACUCCAGAUUUUAGAGCUAUGCUGAAAUCUAUUGAUCCAACAAGAGUGACUUUAACUGAAAUAUUGAGACUUUGUCCAAACAAGUCUUCUGCAGAGGACUUGUUGACAAUUGUGUAUAAUGACUUGAUUUUGAGAGUGGCUGCAAAGGAAGACUGCCAAACAGUUGUAUAUGGGCAUUGUAUGACUCGUCUAGCCAACGAGAUCAUUGCUUUGACAGUUAAGGGUCGUGGGUCUAUUAUUCACAAAUCGAUUGCUGACCAUACUGAAACUAUUGACGAUAAAGAAAUAAAAGUGAUGUUCCCAUUGAGAGAAAUUUUGCAAGCAGAAAUAUCAGCGUAUGUAAAGUUGGCUGAGUUAAACAAAUAUGUCAUACUGUCGACUGUCCAGAAAUCCAAAAUAAACAAAAACUUGACUAUUAGAGAUUUGACAACGAAUUAUUUCAAGCAACUAGACGCAACUGGAUAUGCAUCAACGGCAUCCACAGUAGCGAAAACAGGUGAAAAAUUGGGAAGCCCAAGUAAUGUGUUAUGCCAAUGUCAAAUUUGCGGUGCUGAUAUACAUCAAAAUCCAAGCAAUUGGUUGAAAAGAAUUACUGUUACUGAUCCUGCUGCUAUAACUACUGAUGAAGAAAAAGAGUAUUAUGAAAUGUUCAGAGCCAGUUUGUCUCCAGACAACGAAGACAAAAAUAACAGUGAUAGCCCAAUAGAUAUUUGCUUUGGAUGUACUGUAACUCUUGGUGGAGUUAAAGGAGAUACUGGAUUUAUCUGGCCAUUACAGGGCAGCCUGGAAUUAAAGUACGAGUAUCGCAACGAUAACCAAGAGAAACAGAAGGUUUUGGAUGAGUUUGUUUUGACUGAUGAUGAAGGUGAUAUAGAAGUGUAG